AUGACAGAAAGAAUAGAAGAUAAUUUUCAAAAUUUUGAUUUUAAUAAUAAUAACACAUUAUUAUCAGAUGAUUUUUCUUUUCCUUUGAUAAGACCAAAUUCACCAACGAUGAGUGAUAAUUCAUCUAAUAGUGAUGAUGAUAAUACAGAUGGAGUUAACUUUACGCAAAUUACAUCUGACAGUAAAAAGUAUUAUGAUGUUGAUUCUAUAUUACCUGGAUAUACAGAUGAUAGUGGUCCUUAUUUUCCGAGUCUUACAGCUAUGUGGAUGUUCAUAUGGUUUACGAAAAACAGUAUAGGUACGCAUGCUUAUCACGAGCUAGUCAAAAUUAUAUGCCAUCCAAAAUUUAAAGCUGAUGAAGUUCCUUAUAGUGUUACAACUCUUAAGAAAAUCCAUAAAGGGUUGCCCUUAUUACCAUUUACAGGAAAGCAAGUAAAAGCUGUAAUAGUUAAAACUUGGAGUUUAUUUGCCAGAUUAUAUGCAAAGGUAUUUGCCAAUGUAUUUCACAAAUCUGACUAUCAAGCGUUAGAUCAAUUAGUAAUAAAAUUGACCAGGAUUUUGAAUAAGAUCUAUCCGGAUAUGAUAACCACUCUACCAAAUAUCCAUGUUUUACAACAUUUACCAUUGAUUGCAGCUACUUAUGGAACAUUACAGAAUGUUUCCGUUUCACUUAAAGAGAUGAUGCAUGGUGUGUAUAAAAGGAUGAUUCCACAUACUAACAAAAAAAAUGUAGAAUUUGAUCUUAUUAAGCGAGAUAAUAUAUUGCAAGGACUUCGUUAUGUGAUAGAUAAUGGUUAUAACGCCAGAAUUCCUGAAGGUGGUGGUAAUUGUAUAAGAUCAAUUUUAAAAGAUGAACAACUAAUAUGCUUAUUAGAAGGAUGGUAUAUAUCCGUUCCAGCUCACCACAUUACAAGAUUGGAAGAAUACAACACGGUUGAACAAGAACAGGAAAAUGUAAUUGAACCACCUCAAGAAUGCUUUUUCAAUAUUCGUGUACAUAAGAAAUGGAAUACUAAAAGGAUAGAAAAGGAAGGGUUUGUAAAGAAGAUCAGCAACGAAAUACAAAAGAAUCUUUAUGAAGCCUAUCGUCACUAUCUUAAUAAGGAAACAGCAAUUAGCUUCAAAACUUUGGAAUACUACGAUGCAAUCUCAUAUACAAUUAUAAAAGAGGAUAAUGUUGAUAUUAAUAUUCACGUAGGAGAGGUCAUUGAUAUAGAAGAUGAUGGAACAAAAAAUCGGGAAUAUGCUAUUAUUAGAGGAAUUUUUACGCACCAAGCAAAUGAUUAUAAAAAAUACGCAUUUUUUAUUUUAGAUUGGUAUUAUGAUACCGGCCGAAUAGAUGACCUUACUGGAUGUAAAAUCUAUGGUCUUCAAGAAUCAAAGGACGUCUUAUGGCCUCAUAUUCAUUCUUUUCAUAUUGUUGAUCGAAAUCCGCAUAAUUUCGGGAUAUUUAUUGGUAUCUUUUUCAUAAUGCAAUACGUAUUAUUAGUAAUAUGUGAUGAAAAUGAACAUCCAAAAAUAUUACAUAAAGAUUUAAUUACCAAAAAUAAAGUCAAUAAAAAAACUAGAUUUCAAGAAAUUAUUAUCAAUAAUCAAGUGCAAAUAGAUAAAUUUAAAACCACUCAAGGAAAUAUUAAUGAUCAACAAAAAAAUAAGGAUUGUCAUCUCUCAUCUGAAACUCCAACAAUAGGAUUAAUAAGAGAACAUCUAUCCAAUAAUAAAGAAGUUAUUGGGAUUACCAGUGAGCAUGUCUCUAACAUGUGUGAUAAAAUGAAAGUAAUGUUUAUGCAAAGUCAAAACCCUAGUUCAGAUGCAAUUACUGAUGUUGCCAAAAUUUUACUACCUGAACAAUAG